AUGGCGGAGGACGCGAUGGAGAGCUACCUGUACGCCGCCUACCCGCCCUACUCGUACCGCUACCCACCGCCCAAGGGCAAAGGCGGGUCGGGCGGCUGGCGGCCGCGGGGCGGCUACUUGGCGGGCUACGGAGAGGCGGCGGCGGCCGCGGCCGAGUACUUCGACAACUACCAGCGUGCGCAGCUGAAGGCCAUCCUGUCGCAGGUGAACCCCAACCUGACCCCGCGGCUCCGCAAGGCCAACACCAAGGAGGUGGGCGUGCAGGUCAACCCGCGGCAGGACGCCUCGGUGCAGUGCUCCCUCGGGCCCCGCACGCUGCUGAGGCGCCGGCCCGGCCUCGCCCCGUCGCGACCCCGCGAGGCGGCCCCGCAGCCGGAGCAGGAGCAGGGCAGCCCGGUCACCACCGGAACCCGAGCCGUGCGCUUCCCGCGCACCGUCGCCGUGUACUCGCCCGUGGCGUCCCGUCGCCUCACCGCCUUCCCCGAGGAGCCAGAGCCGCCGCCGCGGGAGCCUGAGGCGUCGCGGGAGCCUGAGGCGUCCCGGGAGCCCGAGGCGCCGCCGGCCCCGGCAGCCGUCGAGGAGGAGCGGCGCGAGGCGGAGGCGGUGCGAGCUAGCUGGGAGAAACCGCCCGAGCGCGAGGCCGCUCCGCUGGAGCAGCGCGGGGCCGCGGCGCCGGACGGGGAUCGGGAGGGGGCAGAGCCGCGGGAGGAGCCGCCCGCCGCGCCCCAGAAGCAGGAGGCGGCCCCGGGCAAGGCCCGUCUGCGGUUCCAGUUCCUGGAGCAGAAGUACGGCUACUACCACUGCAAGGACUGCAACAUCCGCUGGGAGAGCGCCUACGUCUGGUGCGUGCAGGGCACCAACAAGGUGUAUUUCCGUCAGUUCUGCCGCACCUGCCAGAAGUCUUACAACCCGUACCGCGUGGAGGACAUCACCUGCCAGAGCUGCAAGCAGACGCGCUGCACCUGCCCCGUGAAGCUGCGCCACGUGGACCCCAAGAGGCCGCACCGCCAGGACCUGUGCGGGAGGUGCAAGGGGAAGCGCCUCUCCUGCGACAGCACCUUCAGCUUCAAAUACAUUAUCUGAGGAGGAGGGGGAUUUUGUUUGUUUAGGGCUCUUCCAGGGGAACUGCAGGCUCGGCAGGUUGUUUUCCGUUGUUGUUGGUUGGGUUGAGGGUGGCUGGGAAAGCUGCGAGUAAAGAUUUGGUGAAGCCUCUGCUGGUCAGGUGGGGCUGUGCCCGGUUUGGGGGUGUGCGUUGAGAUUUUGGUAAUUGUGUAAGGGAAGAGCCCACAAAUACUGGUUUGCGAAUUAGUGACAGCCUGGGCUGCAGCCAGCUCAAGGCUGUGUGGAAUCUCAGACAGGAAAGAACGCUGGUUACUCAUCCUGCAUGGGAAGCUCAACCACUUGUGCAUCAGGCUGACAUCCACCGUGGGUGGUGGAGCACAUCGCGAAGGGGGCCAUGGCGGUAUUCAGUCACUGUGCACAUUGGUGCUGCAGGGCUCCUGCCCUGCUGUUCCUCUCUGGAAGAGGCUGGGAAUGACUGUAGAAGUCAGGCUGCUGCCCAUAUGGCUGCCCGGGCUUGGCUGAGCUGGUGUUAUAAGCUGGGACCACAUGCUGCUUGGGGUGGUGUUCAUUUGUCUUCAGAAGCAGCUAUCACUGGCUGAUGGCAAGGGAGUUUUUGAUGUUACGUGCAUCAGGUGAACAGAAACUUUGGGUUAUUGGGAAAAGUGGCACUUGAAAGGCUCUAGGUGACCUGCAUCUGCCCAGCUUCCUCUGAACCUGCAGGUGCUGCACAAAGAGCUGCACAUGUGGUGGUGUGUGCUUGGGGUCGUCUGCCUCCUGUCAGGGAAGGAGCAGAUCACUGCCCAUCUGGGAUAGGGUUUGCAGCCAGAGGUGAUGCACCCGGAGUAUUUCUGCUGCUAGGGUGAGGUCACCAUGGGGAUGAGCAUGUUUCAGUGGUGUUAUGCAUGUCAGCACACUACAGCAGUGCCACCUGCACAGACAACUCAGGGAAACCUGUGUCCCACUACAUUCUACCUCAUAGCUAAGGAGUUGAGUAAACAAUGGAGAAAUGUACUUUCCUGAGAAUGCGAAUAAAGCUGUUACCUUUGAAAUUAAGCACUACACUGGA